AUCGAUUCAAGGGGCUGUGGGGGCCGAGCAAUGAAUGUCUCCAGAGGAGAUGAAGGAGAGCCCAGCAAAUGAACGAACGGACGUAUACAGGUUUGGGGUCGUCUGCUUCGAAGUGACCACCCGAAUGCAGCCCUUCAAGGGAAUGAAUCGUACGCAAGUCGUCAACGCGGUCGCGUGGCAAGGACAGCGGCCUCAGAUUCCACAGUGGGCGUCCGCGUCGCCAGAUGUGGUGCCUCUGAUGGAGCAGUGCUGGAAGCAAGACCCCGGGCAUCGCCCCGAGGGAUUUGGGCCCGUGGUACAGACGCUGACAAGCGUGGUGUCGCGUGAUGGAGACCCUCGCAAUCGCAGCGCAGUUGAUGUGGAUUACACCUCGUCAUCAGGUGUCAAGUGUAGUGGUGGCUCGCCGGACAUUGACGCAAGAACGACCCCGGCUACGGGAAGCGAUGGGGCUGACGCAUCACCGCGAGUUGCGGAAAGGGAGAGCUGCGCGACCGCGCUGCCUCCAGAAGCUGAAAGCGUGCAUGCACCGAUUGCGGAUCUGCCGAUAGUACGCCAGGCCCUCGCACCGUCUAGCGGAAGUAGCGGCGAAUGUAAUCAAGUCACGGAGACGGUCGACGAAGAGCUCAGUAUGAAGGGAACGCACGAAGAUGAAGAGCGGUUCUACACGGCCGUUCCUGUGCUCUUUGUGAAGGCCAUAUGGAAGUAUGCGCGAAGGGGCACCGCCCUUUUUUGUCACUUCGUUUGGAAGUGUCCUGACUACCGAGAGAUGUGGAAGGACCUCCAAAUCCGGGCGGAAGGGUCGAGGAAUGAGGGCAAGUAUUCGGAGGCGGACUUUGUGUACCUCGAAGCUAGUGAGAUUCAGCAGAAGACGCUAGGUCCUGACCACCCAGACCUUGCCGAAACGCUCAACCGCCGGGCUUUGGUGCUGGCAAGCCAGGGCAAGUAUGCUGAGGCGGACCCUCUGUACCUUCCAGGUAUCGACAUUGGAGAGAGGACAUUGGGUCCAGACCACCAUGAUCUUGCUCCCAUUGCUCAGCAAUCGAGCGUCCUUGUUAGCGAAACAGAAUAUGCUGAGUCGGACCUUGUGUACGUUCGAGCUAUCGGCAUUGGAGAGAGGACAUUGGACCCCGACCACCACGAUCUUGCUGUAUGGCUCAGCGGUCGGGCGUACGUGUUAGGGAAGCAGGGCAAGUACGCUGAGGCGGACCUUCUAUUCCUUCGAGCUAUCGGCAUUGGAGAGAGGACGUUGGACCCCGACCACCACGAUCUUGCUGUAUGGCUUGGCGACCGGGCGUGGUUGUUUGUGCUACAGGGCAAGUAUGCUGAGGCGGACCGUCUGUUCGUUCGAGCUAUCGACGUUGGAGAGAGGACAUUGGGCCCUGACCACUCCGAUCUUGCGCUAUGGCUUGGCGACCGGGCGCGGUUGCUAGUGCUACAGGGCAAGUAUGCUGAGGCGGACUCUCUGUGCGUUCGAGCUAUCGAAAUUGGAGAGAGGACGUUGGACCCCGACGACCCCGAUCUUGCUCUGUGGCUCGACGAUCAGGCGUGCUUGUUUGAGAAACAGGGAACGUAUCGUGAGGCAAUCCCACUUUUGGAGAGGGUCUUAUCAUUCCGGACGAGACGUCUGGGACAAAGUCAUGAACUCACGGUCGGCACUCGGGACAGACUGAAGCGUGUGCGAAAACACACGAGAAAGCGCACUAGGCCAGUCGACUACCUCAAUAACCUCCUGAGGAAAUAA